UGAAGAGACCAAACAUCGUAGUCAAGCCCCCAGGGCGUCUUCAGGUGUACAGAGACUUCAUCUUCCUGCUGACCUGCCAGGCUUCCGGUAUGCCCCCACCGCGUCUGCUCUGGUACAAAGAUGGCCGCCGUCUCGCCAGUGGGAAUUCCCGCAUCUCUGUGCUCUCCUCGGGAGACCUGCUAGUGACGCUGGCCCGUCGCUCGGACACCGGUCUGUACACCUGUGAAGCCAUUAACGAGGAGGGCAUUGAUACAGCCAGCUCCUACGUCAGCGUAGCAGAGUACACGUCUGGGUGUGCAGACGACAGCACUGACGGUCUCCACAUGCACAGUGACAUCCAGGCGUGUGCGGGUGAGUGGAAGGGUCACGUGAAGUCCGCCAAAUCACUAUGUGCUCGCGGCUGGAGGGUGUGUAAUCCUCGUGACCAACGGAGCCUCAAAGAGAUCACGUCCUUCGAGAUGUUCGACCUGUCUGGCUGCUACGCUUACAAUGCCGCCAGUCGGAAGAACAAGUGUAAGAGGUGGGAGAAGUGUGUACCGCGGUGUGAGCACAAGGGCGUAUGCAUCUCACACAACCGCUGUCGAUGUGCAUCAGGUUACAAAGGCGCCCGCUGCCAACUGCCGGUGUGCUCACCCGGAUGUGGCUCCAAGGGUCAGUGCAUCCGGCCCAACAAGUGUCGCUGUAGUGCCGGCUACACCGGCCGCACGUGCAGGCGCAAGACCAAGCCCUGCAAGAGCACCUGUCUCAACGGGGGGCGCUGCCGCAGGGGCAAGUGUAAAUGUCCAGGGAGCUUCUGGGGGAAGGCUUGCCAGUACCCACUCCAGCACGUUUUGCUGACGCGACUCAACAGAACAGAGUAAAGAUCACAAUCAACUCCCGCUGAUCAGCAUCACCGGAGCUCUUGCGUUCUCUGCUAUUCGCACAACACUGCCAAUAGAUCGAGCGGUCCGGCAAUCUGCACUUCUUGUCUCGAAAAGAUAGUGCAAUGUUUAGUGGAACAUUUUUUUACAGCUGACUUCGUCAAUGCAAGUUCAUGACUGUGUCCGUUCGGUGUAAGUCCUAAUCCAGGAGGCAGAGGAUUGGGCUCUUGUGUUCGCUGAUUUACAGUAAUAUUUUGUUAUGCUGUACCAUCCUUAUUUGUUUACGAUGUUGUAAAAGGAAAGGGAAUGGCAUAAUAUUCAGUACGCAUUAUCGUGAGUGAUAUGUUUCCUUUGUUCAUGAACAUGACAUUAAUGUAGGUGUGUCUGCAGUGGGUGCCCUUAUUGUGGAUUGAGAGACGAC